AUGGGUAGAACACUUGAGACUGGCCUGAAAUGGCUGGUGUCUUCUCUCAUCAUCUCGCAGGCGCAAGCCUUCUACGUUCCCGGUUGGUCCAUCAAGAGCUAUAACGAGGGCGAACACAUUCCCUUGCUUGUCAACAAGGUCUAUUCCGACAACACGCAAUUGCAGUAUGCCUACUACGACCUCCCGUUCGUGUGCCCUCCAACCGGCAAGACACGGGGAUCGGGCCUGUUGAGCGGACAGAGCAUAUCGCUGAACCUCGGAGAGGUACUUCGCGGCGAUCGGAUCGUGACCUCGGAUGUCGACCUCACCGUCGGCCAGGAUACAGAGUGCAGUUUCCUGUGCAAUCAGGAGGUCACCAGAAAGGAUUUGAAGAGGGCCAAGGAAAUGGUCAAGGACGGAUACGUGGUAGAGUGGAUUGUCGACAACCUACCGGGAGCCACCAGUUUCGUAACCGUCGAUAAAACAAGGAAAUACUAUGCGGCCGGGUUCAAGCUCGGGUUCACCGACUUCUCCGCGAGUACCGGAAAGCCGCGGUACUUCCUCAACAACCACCACACCAUCGUGAUUCGCUACCGAUCGGCACCUGGCCGCGCUGGCGAAAAGGGCGCCAAAGUAGUCGUUGGCUUCGAGGUCUAUACCAAGAGCAUCGGUCCGAACAACAAACGAGAAAACGGCUGCCCCACUGAUCUCCAGGAGAUCGAGGGCAACUUCGAGCUGUACAUGCCACCGAACAGGACCAGCGACUUGUCUUUAGAGGAUUCGAGUUCGUUCCAUUACACCGAGGAUACCGAGGAGGGUGAUGACAACGAUAAAAUCAUCAUCCCGUAUACAUACUCGGUGUACUUCCGGGAAGAUGAUUCGAUCGAGUGGAAUCGACGUUGGGAUCUGUACUUCGUGAACCAAGAAGAAGGCUCGAGGAUUCACUGGCUAGCGAUUGUCAAUUCGUUGAUUAUCUGCGGUCUCCUCAGCGGAAUUGUUCUGAUGAUACUGUCCAAGACUAUCAGGACCGACAUCAAGGGCCGCAAGCAGGGCUCUGCAGAAGACGGCAAACUAGGACUCAAGCGCAAAUCGCGCGCCCCCAAAUCGGAGAAAGCCACUCUUGGACUGCUCGAGCAGGAGCGUGACAUCGAUAACGACGUCGAUGUUUCAUCCGAUGAUGAGGCUAUAGAAGAUGUGACCGGAUGGAAGCUGCUUCACUCCGAUAUUUUCCGGAAGCCUGAGUAUGGUUAUCUGCUGGCCCCUCUCGUCGGGUCUGGCAUGCAGCUGCUGUUCAUGGCGCUUGGCUUGGUUCUCCUAAGUGCUAUUGGCGUCUUGAACCCAAGUUUUCGAGGAGGCUUCAUCAGCGCCGGUGUUGGGUUGUUCGUCUUUGCUGGUGUCUUCUCGGGCUACUUUUCGGCCAGGGUGUACAAAACCUUUGACGGGCAAAGCUUCGGCAAGAAUGCUCUUGUCACGGCCUGUCUCUUUCCUGGACUCCUCUUCGGUUUGGUCUUUAUAUUGAACCUGUUUGUUUGGGCACAAGCAUCGAGCACGGCCUUGCCAUUUGGGACUCUGAUUGCGAUCGUCCUGCUUUGGCUUUGCAUUCAAGUUCCACUUGUCUACCUCGGCUCGUGGUACGGGUUCAACCGUACAGGCGCAUGGGAGCAUCCUACCAAGACUGCCAGCAUUCCGCGACAGAUCCCGCAACAGGCCUGGUAUAUCAAGAGCCUGCAGUCGAUUCUGCUAGCCGGCCUGAUCCCGUUCACGGUCAUCUUCAUCGAGCUGCUCUUCGUCUUCCAGUCGAUGUGGCAAGACAAGAGCGGAUACUACUACGUGUUCGGCUUCUUGUCGGUGGUGUCCAUCAUCCUCAUCGUCACGGUGGCCGAGGUGACGGUCGUCACCGUCUACGUCCAGCUGUGCUCGGAGAACUAUCACUGGUGGUGGCAGUCGUUCCUCGUCGGUGGUGGCUCCGCCGUGUGGGUCUUUCUCUAUAGCGUGUGGUACUACUUCGUCAAGCUGCACAUCACGGGGUUCGUGAGCUCGCUGCUGUUUUUUGUUUACAGCUUCAUUGCUUGCUGCGUGUAUGGGCUGCUCACUGGGACCCUGGGCUUCUUGACGGCGUAUACCUUUAUUCGGAGGUUAUAUGGUGCUAUUAAGGUAGACUAG